UCGACCUUAUCAUGGCCUCCGAGGACACAGCGCGGGAGGCGCAUCGUACGUCUACACGCGCCUCUCUGGAGAGUAUUUCUUCACAUGCAGCCUCAACAAGGACGGAAAGCAGUUCUGAGAAUCCUCGUUUCGAACCUAUACGAUCAAGAAAAACUCGAGAUGAGGCAGACUAUCAAUUUGACCGUGGUGAUGCUGCCACUCGGAGUGAACUUGCGAGGAUGGCCUCGGUACUCUCUGGAGUUCAGCCCGCUCGCACAGCCACUGGAGACGGUCUUGCAAGACAAGACACUGUAGCGGGCAUGACGCCUCAAUCGCCCGAGUUUGAUCCCAACCAUCCGUCUUUCAAUUUUUUUCUCUGGAUGAGGAAGUUUGCACAACUUCUAGAAGAGCAAGGUAUCAAGCAUCGACGGUCAGGAUUUACUUUCACGAAUCUCAAUGUGUCCGGCAAAGGUGCCGCUCUCGUGCUCCAACAGACUGUCGGGUCAGUCUUCAUGUCGCCCUUCCGCUUCCGUGAGCGUUUCAGCCAUCCCCCGGAGAAGAAGAUCUUGAGCAAUUUCAAUGGACAUGUAAACAGUGGAGAAUUACUCAUUGUCCUUGGAAGACCUGGGAGUGGCUGCUCUACCUUCCUAAAAAGCAUAUGUGGGGAGCUUCAAGGUCUCAACAUUUCCCAGGAUUCCAAGAUUACAUACAGCGGCAUAUCGCAAGACAUCUUUCUUAAGGAGUUCAAAGGUGAAGCAGUUUACAACCAGGAGAAUGAAAAGCACUUUCCACAUUUGACGGUUGGGGAGACGCUUGAAUUCGCAGCUGCGUGCAGAACUCCGUCCAAGCGGCUGUUUGAUGUGCCUCGAGACAAAUGGGUCAAAUAUAUGGCAACUGUGAUGAUGAACAUCUUUGGCCUUUCCCAUACACGUAACACCAAGGUUGGCGAUGAUUUCGUGCGAGGAGUUAGUGGCGGUGAACGCAAGCGCGUCAGCCUUGCAGAGAUGGCACUUGCUGGACCACCCAUAGCUGCAUGGGACAACUCGACUAGAGGACUGGAUUCUCAGACUGCGCUCGAAUUCGUCCGAUCACUACGCAUAGCGGCCGAUGUUGCCGGUCUCACGUCUUUGAUUGCUAUAUACCAAGCAUCACAAGCUAUCUAUGACCUGUGCGACAAAGCAAUUGUCCUAUACGAAGGAAAACAAAUUUACUUUGGGCCUACAGAUGAGGCAAAAGCGUAUUUCGAAGACAUGGGCUGGUAUUGCCCUCCGCGGCAAACGACAGGGGACUUUUUGACAUCUAUCACCAAUCCGCGAGAACGAAAGCCUCGAGAAGGGUUUGAAAAUCGUGUACCUCGCACGGUUGAGGACUUUGAGAAGUAUUGGCUUGAAAGUCCAAACUACAAAUACGCCCAAGACGAAUCAAAUCAAGCCGCCGAAGUCGAUGCUGAUGGAAAGCAAGCUCUCGAUACUUUUCGAGAAUCUCAUCAGGUUAUGCAAGCUCAACAUACACGACCCAAGUCGCCCUACAUCAUCAGUAUACCUAUGCAGGUUCGCCUGUGUACGAAGCGAGCAUAUCAACGACUGUGGAAUGACAAAGCCUCAACAGUCGCUGUAAUCUUCAGUCAAAUAACAAUGGCCUUGGUCAUCGGUUCUAUUUACUUCGGGACUCCACUUUCAACUGGUGCAUUCUUUGCCAAGGGGGCGGUUUUGUUCUUCGCCGUGCUAUUGAGCGCGCUCCAGUCCGUCGUGGAGAUUAACAAGCUAUACGCACAACGACCGAUCGUGGCCAAACACAAAUCCUACGCUUUCUACCAUCCUUUUACGGAGGCUCUUGCGGGAAUUGUGGCAGACUUGCCCAUCAAGUUUUGUACGGCGACUGUGUUCAACAUCAUCCUCUACUUUCUCGCUGGACUCCGGAUGAGAGCUUCCAACUUUUUUAUCUUCUUCCUAUUCAAUUUUAUCUCGAUGUUAACAAUGUCUGCAAUCUUCAGAUCCACUGCGGCAUUGACAAAGACCAUCACCGCGGCACUUGCCAUUGCAGGUGUAGGUGUAUUGUGGGUUGUGAUUUAUACUGGCUUCACGAUCCAACGCAGUUACAUGCAUCCAUGGUUCAAAUGGUCCAGCUGGAUCAAUCCCGUUGCAUACGCAUUCGAAGCUCUCCUUGUCAACGAAGUACAUGGACGCGAGUUCCCGUGCGCGCCAACAAGUUUGGUCCCACCUUAUGGUCAAGGGAACAAUUUCCAAUGUGCUGUUGCCGGCUCCGUCACAGGUCAAAUCAACGUCUCCGGAGACGCUUGGGUCAAGUCCUCUUAUGGAUACUCUUACAGCCAUAUUUGGCGGAACCUGGGAUUCUUGUUUGCUUUCAUGAUCUUCUUCUUCGCCGUCUACUUCAUCGCUACUGAAGUGAACUCUGACACAACCUCGACUGCGGAAUUCCUAGUAUUCCAACGUGGACAUGUUCCUGGAUACCUUCAGGAGGGGAGACGUAAGGACGAAGAGGAUCCUGAAAGGGCCAGCAAACCUGCCAACCCCGUCGAUGAUGUCGAAGGGAAACAGGAAGAUAAGGUUAAAGUUCUGCCAGCACAGAAAGAUAUCUUCACAUGGCGGAAUGUGACUCUUGACAUCAAGAUCAAAGGAGAACCGCGGAGAUUACUUGACAACAUAUCGGGGUAUGUGAAGCCUGGAACUCUUACGGCUCUCAUGGGUACGAGUGGCGCCGGCAAGACCACACUGCUUGACGCAUUGGCACAAAGGACCAACAUUGGGGUUUUGACUGGAGACAUGCUUGUCAACGGCAAACCCUUAGAUCCUUCCUUCCAACGCAAGACGGGCUAUGUUCAGCAGCAAGACUUGCACCUUGAGACUGCCACCGUCCGAGAGGCUCUGCAGUUUUCGGCAUAUCUCCGACAGCCAAGCUCUGUAUCCAAGGAAGAGAAAGACUCUUUUGUCGAGGACGUCAUUCACAUGCUGAAUAUGGAAGACUUCAGUGAAGCGGUUGUCGGAAACCCUGGCGAAGGUCUGAAUGUCGAGCAGCGCAAGCUACUCACGAUCGGAGUUGAGUUGGCCGCAAAGCCUGCUCUCCUGAUAUUCUUAGAUGAGCCUACGUCCGGAUUGGACUCUCAGAGCUCUUGGUCGAUCGUGGCGUUCCUCCGCAAGCUCGCAAACUCUGGACAGGCCAUCCUAUGCACGAUCCACCAACCGUCGGCAAUUUUGUUUCAAGAGUUUGAUCGUCUUUUAUUCUUGAUGAAGGGCGGCAAAACCAUCUACUUUGGAGACAUCGGAGCAAACUCCAGGACAUUGCUGGAUUAUUUCGAACGCAACGGCGCUCCGAAAUGCGACGAGAAUGCCAAUCCAGCCGAGUACAUGCUUGACAUCUGUGGCAAGGACUCUGAUCGUGAUUGGAGCGAAGUUUGGAAGACCACUCCCGAGGCUGAUGAGGUCCAGGCCGAACUAGAUCGAAUCUAUGAAACGAAGAGAUCCGAGUCUGCUACUGACCACGGUCCGGCGACCCAAUAUGCGGCUCCUCUCAGGUCCCAAAUCUAUCAUGUCACCAGACGUGUUUUCCAGCAAUACUGGAGAACGCCAUCAUACAUCAACGGCAAAUUCGUGUUGGGUAUCAUGGCUGCGUUGUUUAUUGGUUUUUCCUUCUACAAGCAGAACACCACUCAGGCCGGUUUGCAAAACACGAUUUUUGCAGUCUUUAUGCUUGUCACGAUCUUCUCCACCCUUGUCCAACAAAUCAUGCCGCGCUUCGUCAUCCAACGAUCCUUGUACGAAGUGCGUGAACGUCCAUCCAAAGCGUAUUCUUGGGUUGCAUUCCUCGUCGCCAACAUCAUCGUGGAGAUCCCAUACCAGCUUCUUCUCGGGGUUCUGAUUUGGGUUUCGUGGUACUUUGCGGUGUUCGGCAAGAACCAAUCUGGACAGACGCGAGGCUUGAUGCUCCUCUUCGUGUUACAGUUCAUGUUGUUCACGAGCACGUUUGCUCACAUGGUCAUCGCGGCCCUACCGGAUGCCGAGACGGCCGGAAAUAUCGUCACGCUUCUGUUCAGUAUGAUCCUCACAUUCAACGGUGUACUUCAGCCACCUUCUGCCUUGCCUGGCUUUUGGAUCUUCAUGUACCGUGUGAGUCCAAUGACGUACCUCAUCUCUGGCUGGGCCAGUACCGGUCUGCACGGCCGGGAUGUCGUUUGCGCGCCAAACGAGAUGGCCAUCUUCGACCCACCGUCGGGCCAGACCUGCCAGCGGUAUCUGGCCGAGUACCUCAACGAGGGAGCUCCCGGACGCCUGCUCAACCCCGGGGCCACGAGCGGGUGCGAGUAUUGUCCCAUCCGGUCGGCGGACCAGUUCCUCGCGGCGAGCAACGUCUACUACAGCCAGCGGUGGAGGAACUUUGGUCUCGGCUUCGUCUACAUCUUCUUCAACGUCUUCGCCUGCAUAUCGUUGUACUAUGUCUUCCGGGUGAGACGGUUCAGCAUCUCCAGCCUGGCCAAGCGACCUGCUUACGUGGCCGACAUGGUCUUCAUCCAGGGCUUCCGGCGCCUGUUUGCGAGGAACGUCGAGCCGACACCACCUGGAAAAGAGGCCGAGAGUCACAAGGCGUUUUGAGUGGUGUGUCCCUCUGGUUAUAUUCUUCUGGUGGGCAAAAGUGCACAUAUUCCUAAAAGACUAUAUCUAUCUUGACGACGCCAUUCCCGGCCAUUGGAGCGAUAUUUUUGUUUAAAUAUGAGUGGUCUUCGUCGUCUAGUGCUUGAUGCUUAAUAAACUACUAUUGUCACCCAAUGGCGCCCUAGAUUGCCUCUUGG